AUGCAUUUCGCUCACUUGGCUACGGCCGCCUUUCUAUUCGCUCACCCUUCCUCGGCUAGGCCUGUCGACGAACCCUGGAGUACUCUCCUCUCCAUCCCUUGGCCAUACUGGAACAAAGUUACUGCCGAUUUCACUACAGUCGCCGUGAAGCGAGAUGCUACACCCACGAACCUUCCGCGAGAUGGCCCAGUCCCCGACUCCUACACUGUCGACGGCACCGCCUAUUCCUAUAACCCCUGGACGCAUCCCAUUCGCGGCGUCGUACCCACUGACAUUCCUGAUGCCCAUUCUGAUGCUGAUGCCGAUGCUGAGCACCCCACACCCACGAAGCUUCCGCGGGACGGCUUCUGGCCCGAAUCCUACACUGUCAGCGGCACCGUCUAUCCGUUUGAUAUUCACACACAUGCCAUUCGCGACGCUGCCCUGACUGACGCCCCGGAUCCCGAUCCUGAAGUCUAUAUUAACACUGAUUACAUUACAUACGACAUUCCUCAGCACGCUACCAUCACAAAGUUUGGCAAGGUUGUUACGAUGGACAACUUCUUCACCCUCGACGGCACCAUCUAUCCCUGGAUCCCCCUCACGAACGCCAUCCGCGACGUCGUCCCCACUGACAUUCCCGAAGCCGAAAAUUAUGCUGAUGCGUCCCCCUCCGAGCCUCUCUUCGCAGAAGCAAAACCCACCCUCGAGGUUAGGACCGAGGAGGCCCCUUCCAAUGAAACCGCCACGCAGACCAGUAAGUUCUUCCCUGAGAUCGUGCUGGUGUCGCCUGGUGCCUCGUCUACGGGGACGAAGACUCUCCCUUCCGAUUUCUUUGAAGUCCACAGCACUAGCACUAGUAGUGCGAAAAGCGUGAUCACUCCGAUUGACCUUACGCAGGAAACGGUCAUUACGCCGAUUGACCCCUGGUGGACUACAUCAUCGAGCGAUCGUGUUGGGACGACGCUCGUCAAGAUCGUUGUUACUCACACUGACUACUAUGAUGAGAAGCUUACUACUACUUCUACGCCUACGACUAGUAGUGUGGUGACUGAUAUUGGGACUUGGACUAAGACUGUUCCGGUUUAA